CACACAUCAGCAUGAACAUACUCUAACACAAAGGUACACUUAGUGGGAUUAGGAUAUGAGGAGGAGGGGAAUGUAACCUUAUGCUGCUUGCCUAACACACAAGAUUCACAGAAGGGGACGGGGGACACAGAAUCCUUACCAAAACAACCAGAUUUAUGCAAAAUCUCUAAACCCCUAUUACUCAUGUGUCCUAAUCUAUUAUGCCACAAAGUAGAUUUAUCAGAACUAACAACAUGAGCAGAAUCACAGAAAGUUUGAGCAUGACACACAUACAAGUUAUUCACCUUUUUUUUGCCUUAAACAAAACAAAGGAAUUUUUCAAAACUUUCAUGCACCCAUUACCCCAUUUACCCUCUAACCCACUACCCUCAAAAGCAGCAACAGAAAACAAGUUAUGACGCAAAUCAGGAACAUGCCUCACAUUUUUCAUAGUAAACACAGUCCCAUUAUCAAACUUCAAACAUACAUCACCCACCCCAUGAAUUUUGCAUUUCUUAUUAUCAGCAAGAGACACAAAACCAUCAUUGCAAGAAUCAUAAGAAGAAAACAGGGAUCUAAAAGGUGUCAUAUGAUAAGUACAACCAGAGUCAAUCAACCACUCAUUUUCAGUCAUGCUACUCAACAUAGAAUGGGUAGAAUCACAAAUCAUAAAAACUUCUUCAUGCAAGUUAUUAUCAUCUACCACAUUAACAUGUUCAGACUUCUUAGGAUGGGGACAAUCCUUAAUGAAGUGACUAGAAUUACCACAAUUAUAGCACACUCUCUUCUUAGACUUACCUCUCUUCUUCCCCGGGUCAUUGUUUUUGUUCUUAUGGUUAUGUUCUUAUCGUUGUUGCCCUUCUUAUGGUUUUUAGAUCUACUCUUAGACCUACCCCUCACAAACAACGCUUCACCAGAGUCCCUAGACUGACUGUUACUACCCCUCGAGUGUCUAAGGUCUAACUCCUUACUCCUUAAUCCAUUAACGACUAUAUCUAACGAGAUAUCGUCUCUACCAUACUUUAUGGCAGAUUUGACGUCAUUGUAUGAGUCAAGGAUGGCAUUAAGUAACACUAUGGGUGUGUAGUCAUCUAUGUGUUUAUCACCAGCUUGCUUAAUAUUCUGGAUAAGCUUGUUAAACACAUCUAGGUUCUCAUCUAUGUCCUUAGACAGGUCAAGCCUAAAUCUAAAGAACUUCUCAAGCAAAAACAAUUUACCAGGCAAAGAAGUAUCGGUAUACAACUUAUCUAACCUGUCCCACAAAUCCUUCGCAGAAUCUAUAAUACCCACCUUCCUGAGCACUGAAUAAAAAAGGUUCAGGUAUAUAGAGGAACAAGCAGUUUCAUUCAUCUCAACGCGCUUUGCAGCAUCCUCAGAGUCUAAAUAGAGACCAGUCACAGCUCUAUAGACUUUCUGUUGGAUCAACACGCAUUUGAUUUUUUGUUUCCAGAUAUCAAAAUCUGUCUUUCCGUUAAAUGGAAGCAUGCCAUAUUGAUUGACAGCCAUAUUUGUAACACUUGAGAUUUAAUAUAAACAGAUUAAUAGUACUACUCAUGCCAACAAGAUGCAUCUCCUUUUAAGGGAGCUCAUCCGCUAAGAACUCAAAAGUUAAGCGUGCUUGCACGGGAGUAGUCUUGGGAUGAGUGACCCUCUGGGAAGUUUCUCAGGACGCGCACGAGUGAGGACAAAGUGCGCGGAAAAAGGCUAGUGACGGUUUGUGAGGACAGUACUAGAGGUCUGGAGUAACUACCUCGAGGCUUGCGGGGCCGGGGUGUUACAAUAUUAAUCGGAAAGCAAGCACAACACGCAAGAGAGUAAAUAAAAAAAAUUAUCAGGCUAUCAACCGGUACGAAGCAACUAGCACGAACAAGCCGAGAAGACCAAUGAACACAAAGCUCGGGUACAGUCUCCUUGUUCUUUCGUACCGUACGAAGCAACUAGCACGAACAAGCCGAGAAGACCAAUGAACACAAGGCUCGGGUACAAUCUCCUUGUUGUUUCGUACAAGCACAGAUAAAAUUUUUUAUUUACUCAACAGACAGAUAAAUGAUUAAUUAUAACCUAUAGGGCUAUCAAUUGUACGAAGCAACUAGCACGAACAAGUCGAGAAGACCAAUGAACACAAAGCUCGGGGUACAAUCUCCUUGUUCUUUCGUACGAGCACAAAUAGGCUAGAAUUAAAUCAAUAAGCAAAGAAACUGGAUUUAAAACUAAUCCGGACAGAAAUAUUCCCAACUUCGGACAACAAGUAUCCAAACAAAUAUUCUUAACCGGAGAGUUUAUCCACGAAUCAAUUAACGAAAAAAAAAUUAAAAUCAAAAUCCAACACGUGAUUAAAUUUAAACCGGAAGAAAUAUUCACAACUUUGGACAACGAGUAUCCAAACAAAAUAUUCUUCACCGGAAAAUUAAUUCACGAAUCAACAAGUAAUCACAAUUCAACUAACAAGCAAAGAGCAAUUCAACUUGGAAUAAAUAUGAAUGAACUACGAAUAAAAAUCACACAAAGGAUUAGUAAACGCACCUGAGGCCGGGCACAGCCGGCUUCCAAGACCACGUAGGUCAGCAGCGGGAGAGCGGGGAAUUAAAAAAAAUCCGGUGGCACUCCGGUACACCAAGGGUGUUAAACGCCAAUUUACCUGAGCGAGGCCCGAGGUUGGGUUACCCGACUUACCGUAGGCAGCGUGGGCUGCUACAGGGUGAGGCGGCAGUGGACUGAACUGGCGGCAGAGCUCCCUGGUAGGCAGCAGAUUCUGGACUGGCUGGCAGCACUCUAAACGCAACACUCCCUGGCUCCGGCAGAAGGUCUGAACGAGCACCAGGCGACUCCAGGCGACGGCGGCCGGUUCUCUGGACCUCCGGCGACCUCUGGACGGCGGCGACGCGGCGGCAGGAGGUUCUCUGGACCUCCGGCGACCUCAGGUCUCGUCCAAAUUACACCCACAAAGGAUGAUAAUCACCACUAGGAAGCUAAAGGGGAGUUUGUGGGCAUCAAGCCAGCACACUUUUUCCGGCCAAUUCGCACUCGGACGUCCACAGAGGAGCAAAAGGCGAAAGGAAGAGAAAUAGGGUUUUUCAGCCAACAACCAUCGAAAGAGGAGAAGCACGAUUAAAUAGGGUCAAACACAGUGUCGGGUAAGGAAACUUACCAUAAGCAGAAGAUACACCUUUAAUCGUCAAAGGGAGAAAGUAAUCGUACCAGCCGCAGGGAGUACUAGGAUGUGCGAAUGGAAGAAAGAAAGCAGCAGGGGCCGGGUCAACCAUAUGGAAUUGGGCUUAGGGAAAACAGGGCUAAUACCUUACAGAGGUGGUUCCGAAGGAGGGCGAGCUGCUGUAGUAUGGUAGAAGAGAAUUUCAACCCUAGGAAGAGAAGUAAUCCAGGUUCUAAAGCUGAAAUAGAAUUAUGUAGUGCUGCAUUGAAAGAAGGAAAGAGAAUUUUUAAGAGGAUGUUGAUAUGUUUUGCUACUUUGAAGCUGAAUUGGCUGGCAGGUUGCAGGAGAAUCAUAGGGGUUGAUGGUUCUUUUUUAAAGGGAGUGUGUAAGGGGAUCUUGUUGAGUGCAGUUGGGGUGGAUGGAGAUGGCCAAAUGGUUCCUAUAGCAUGGGCUGUAACUGACAAAGAGAAUAAGUCCAAUUGGAGGUGGUUCCUAACCUGGCUUGUUCAAGAACCAGAUCUGAAGACUGGUUCUUAUUUAACCCUUAUCUCAUAUAUGCAAAAGCGGUUAAUCAUUGCAGCUCAAGAUGUCAUCCCAGAUGAAGAGCAUAGGUUUUGUGCUAGACAUGUGUAUGCAAAUUGGUCAAAGAAAUGGAGAGGUGACCAGUUAUGUAAGAAAUUCUGGAUAUGUGCAUGGAACACAUAUGAAGAAGAGCUGCAAAAUAACUUAAAAAGGCUUGGAAAAUUGAGUAAUGAAGCUGCUUCUGAUGUUUUGAAACAUCCUUUUCAAACUUGGUGCAUGGCAUACUUUAGUAGCCAAAGCAAAUGCUGGAUGGUUGAUAAUAACAUCAUAGAGUCAUUUAAUGCUUGGAUUAGAGAAGCUAGGGCAAAACCCAUUGUCAGCAUGCUGGAAGUUAUACGCUUGAAGGCAAUGAAAAGGCUUUCUGAUUUUAAGGGCAGUCAUGAGAAGUGGAUAAAUGAUUGGUCUCCCACAUGCAUGGAGUACUAUCAAGCUAAUAAGGAGGCUGUCACAGGAUGCAAUACUAUUUUUAAUGGUGAUGUGGGCUUUGAGAUUGGAGAGGGUGAAGAUAAACACACUGUGAUGUUAGAUAAACUGAUUUGCACUUGCAGAGCUUGGGAAUUGGCUGGCAUUCCUUGCUUACAUGCCUUGUGUGCAUUAUACUAUAAGAAGGAAGAUGCCCUUUCAUAUAUAUCUAGGUGGUACCAUAAGGAAACAUACAUGGCAGCUUACCAAUACCCUUUGCAACCUAUCCCUGGAAAGGCUUUCAUGAAAGUGGAUGAAUAUGAACCUAUUCUACCUCCCCCAGUUCCUAACUUACUUGGAAGACCAAAGAAGAACAGAGUUAGAGGCUCAAAUGAGGUCAAAGGUCCUGGAAGUGGUUCAAAAGUGGUUGAUAGUACAUCAUCCCAUAGAGCUUCAAGAAAAGGACAAAUCCAAACCUGUGGAAUAUGCCAUCUGGAGGGGCACAAGAGGGCAAAAUGUCCUAAUAAAGACAGACCUGUAACAAAUGAAUCAAGGGAACAACCUACUCCUGCAACUCUUAGUACACAACCUGCAACAAAUGAAUCAAGGGAACAAGGUACUCCUGCAUGUGUGAGUACACCUGAUGGUGUGAAUCAAAGGAAAAGACCAGCUUCUGUGGAAGAAAGUACUGACAACCGAAAGGGUAAGUCCAAACUGCCAUGUAGAAGAAUGGCCAGAUCUAAAGGUAAACAACCUGUCACAGGCUUUGGGUGCUAUGUUGAUGUCAACACUCGUUCAAAGACUAUAAAUCCUGGGAUGGAUAGUGAAGAAUUAGUUUCUGAAUUCAAUCAUGAGGUGGCACAUGAUCCUGAUGUGAAUGUCAGAUUUGUAAUUCCUAAUGAGAAGGAAAUUAGAAGUCCUGACAAAUUUGAAAAGGAUAUUGAUGUGCCUGCAUAUAGAACAAUAAGUUUCAAGGGUGAUGAAGCUCAAGUCAGAAUACCUACCAACUUAAUUGCCCUUUGAAGCACCGGGUUUCCAAUGGAAGGGAAACAAAGCUAUCAGCACAAGACAAUUGUUAAACAAAGCCCAAAUGAGGAAGGAAUCUGCCGUGAGGAAGGAAUCCACUGCCCAUGGUGAUAUUGGUCAACCACCACUUUAAAUGCUUGGAAGGAGAAGACAUGAAAGCUGAAUGAAGACUUGAAUGUUGUAUUUAAAAUAUUUUUGCCCAGUUGGAUGUUAUUAUAGUUGUCAGUUUUUGGGUUAGUAGGUGACAACAUUAACUAUUGUACUUGUGUCAAGGUGACCAAGUUAUAGGCUUUUUUCGAGUGUUAAAUUAGGGGUAGCCUUAUCCUUUUGAAUUUUGUAACCUCUUUAACAGCUCGUAAUA